AUGAGCCGCUGCGUCUUCUUCGUCUUACUCUCGCUUUAUUGGAAAGACAAACGCCGGGAGGUUGCUCUCAGAGCCAGACCCGGAAUGGGCUCUCUGGCGGCCCUGAGGACGGUCCUGGUGUUGGGGUUGGUGGUCGGGCUGGCGGGAUGUGCCCCUGGUCUGAACGGGACGGCGGAGCGCUGGGAGGCCCUGUACUCGCGCUCCCUGGCGCGGAUCCCUGGGGAGAAGCGCGAGGAGAUCAGCCGGGACAGCGACUAUCUGCUGGGCAUUAAACGUCUGCGGAGACUUUACUGUAACGUGGGCAUCGGCUUCCACAUCCAGGUGUUACCGGACGGGAGAAUAACGGGAGUUCACAACGAGAACCGUCACAGUAAGUGCAACCAUUUAUGAACGAUUAAUAAGAUGAAGGCGGUGUUUGGAGUCAAACCUCCGCUUCCUGCACUUUGAACUAACUUUUGUAACUUUAAAGUAGUUGAGAAAAAUAGGAGUGUUUGACUGUAAAUAGAAAAAAAGUCAUUUAAACCAUCAGCCUUCAAUUUAGAGGUAGAGCGUCUUUUUAUUCUCCCACAUCUCAUCCAAACCCGGUCUUCACCCGUGGAUGAGACGCUCUGUUUCAAGUAUUGAUCCUUAUCUGAGCACCAACAUCUGGAGCCUUUCCUGCCGGAGUGCCGCUGAGCAGAGCGGAGCUGCUGUGUAACCAGAGCCCGCUGUGACUCAGGCAGGUCCUAAAGUUAGGACAGAGCCGCCCUGAACGACACAUUAACCCCCGGACAGACGGACAAAGUCACAGCUCUCACUGGCGUAGAGCUUCAGACUCAGACAUGCAAUGAUCUGACUGAGCUGUUUCGGCGUGGAAAAAAACACACUGUAUGAGGGACGACUUACGUGAGUCUGCGCUCAUCUGGACUCAGUUCAGACAAAACAUAUGAUGGAGAUAUCAGUUACUGCGAAUGUCAGUGAUGAAUUUAAGAAGUCAUGAAACUUUUAGCAACCAAAGUAGAGAUAAAAAAACAGUAAAUGGUGUUAAGAGGAGUUCAGUUCACUUUAAAACGUGUUUUUAAACACAUUAGUUAAACUUGUUUUAGUGUCAUGAAGCCACAAAUCCAGACAUGUUUACAUCCCUGUUCCUCUAAACCUUGUCUGGGAGGUUUCUAAUCUAUGGAUGUACAACUCUUUCCAAAGAGGAAUCAUUUUUAAAAGUAUUUGAUAUUAUUUGAUAUAUAUUGGGACACAUGGACAUUGUUUCAUUGACAAUGAGACUGUUCCUGCUCAGUGCCACACCUCAGUAAACACAGAAAGAACCUCAGGCUGAUCACCUGAGCAGCAACAGGUCGACGUCUCUCCAUCAGUGCUAGUGAGUGUGUGUGUUACUCUCUGCUGUUUGUUUGUUCCUGGUGUUUUCUACAUCAGUCUAAGAGUGUGAAGUUGUUUGCCUGAUCUAUCCACCUUCCUCAGUGUCUGUGUGUGUGUGUGUGUGUCUGCGUGUUUUGUCUCCCUGCAGGUCUGCUGCAGAUCUCUCCAGUGGAGAGAGGCGUGGUGACUCUGCUGGGUGUCCGCAGUGGACUCUUUGUGGCCAUGAACCGGAGAGGGAAGCUGUACGGAUCUGUGAGUGUACACACACACUGGUUUAUUGAAGACGAUCACAGAGUUUCAGUUUUUACAGAUAAAACACUCAUUUUCCCCUUAGAUGGAUAAAACAUCUCCUGCACUGAAGACAUAACCUUAUGAACCUCUGAUAACCAGGAAGUCACAAAGUUUUUAAGAAAUGAGAAAUAUCUUUCUUGUAGAUACAUUUAUUUUUGGUCUAAGAGCUUUAAUCCUCUUUGUUGUUUUUACAGUAAAUGUUUUCAUCAGAGGCGUGUACUGACAGGUAUACCAAAGCUGUACUGCAGUGUUUGUUUUGACCUCUGUGACUGUUCAGAGUUCCUCACAUUGACAGUCUGGAGAAGAAACUGUCUUAAUGUCAGGAAGUUGCGGUGUACAGACCUGUGUAACACUCACCUGAGAGAAGGAGACAUCUUGGAGGGCAGGUUAGCUCUGAUGACUUCCUUCUGCAGACCUGAUAGUCUCUUGUAGUCUGUUUCUGUUCUGUUUGGCUGCUGACCUAAUCUAAAGAGUGAUGCAGAGAACAGACUGGAUGAUGGUAGUGAAGAGCAUGAUCAGGGUCACUGUCUGCAGCUUCUUACGCUGCGAUUCUGCAUUAACACAAAAACAGAGUUCUGCAAUCACUCCAGAACAGUGCAAUAUUGGUAUCUCAAGGUGUAGUUGCACGAUUUACUAUGGUGCUGUGGAUAGGGCUGGGCGAUAAACUGAAAAUUACUGAUACCGAAAUACACGACAAUAACCAACCUCAUUUUGCCCAUAUUGGUAUAUUCGGUGUCAAAUAAAUUAAUAAAUAAAAGUUGGUUUUGGAUGUGUGUAGGUAGGCUAUGGUCUCAUGUCUCUUUAAGACGCUGUCCUACAUCGGAGACAUGACUCCACCCCAUCCAGUCUGUAACAAAGGGGAAAAGACAAGUGAGGAGAUGGAGGACGGGUCAAAGUUAACGUGGGUGCGGGUGAGCAGCUUGCAGAGUAGUUAUUGUCCUUUUAUCGUUAGUGAGAUGAACUGCUCAAUAUAUCGUGAUAUUGAUUUGAGGCCAUAUCACCCAGCCCUAGCUGUGGAAGCACUUGAGGUAUGGAUUGUAAACAUACAGAAGGAGUGCCACACUCACACACUUUUAUACACUAAGGGCUCAGACGCCACACAUCACCACUAUCUUCCCUAAUCAUCUUUCUGUUACUACCUCAGAAAGAAGAUUAUAUUUGGCUUUUAGACUUUUCCAAACGAUGAAGUUUCUGUAUGUCACACAUUGAAGAUGAGGUGUAAGUGGGUGUAAAUGCCCCACCUUGAAAUAGAGGUAUGAAAGAGCCAUGUGUUUACAGAGCCUGACCAUCAUAGGUUGAGUGUAUGAGUAGUCAGCCUGGAGGUGAAACACUGUCAGUGUUAUCCUCAUGCACAGACUAAAGCUCAGCUUGUUGUGACAGGUAACAUGUGUUUUCUAUAGAGUGUUAUAUACUAUGCAUAAACUUAAAAGAGCAGGAUUUGUGAAAGAAAGCAGCUGGCUGUGAAUUACUGAGCAAUUCAAGCUCUCUCCAAAGUGCAGAGAGGAUAAAAACACAGCAGCAGAGACAGUCAUAGAAAACACUUUUUGAGACAGUGUUAGUGUUGGCUGCUCUGGGCUCUCUCCAGGACCAUGACACAGAAGAAAGACAGAAGAUGGGUUCUAGUGAACAAAAGUAUUGUACUGGACAAUGCCAACAGUUCAAACAUCCCACCGUUAACAGAAUCACGUUUACGAUGACAACAAGGGAAAAGAGAGCUGUGUGGUUUUAUUUUCAUUGAAGAGGUGUAAGCUGGGUUGCCAUGACACCAGAUGUCAAGCACUGCUAGCCUAGCACUGCUUGCUCUAGCUCUUGUUAUCAAUCAGUGCGUUUAAAAAAAUUAGUAAUGCAUUACUCAAACUGAAACUGGACUUUUACAAUCCAUAAAAACAUGUUAGUCUGACUGAAAUCUGACUUCUUGUAGUCAGACCAACAUACCUGGAUAAUGCAGUGGGGGAUUUGUAUUUGUAUUGUAUGAAACUGACGUAAACAUUUUGCACGGGAUCAAGAGUUUGCACGUUGGGCUUUGAACCAAAAGUUGAACAGCAUAAAUGCUAGGAAACAAAACUUCAACAGAAAGGACUCAGAAAAGAAAGAGCUGUCAGUUUGAACGUACAGAAGGUAGGGCUGGGGGAUAAAUCGAAAAUUUACUAAUACUGAAAUUUACGACAAUAACCGAAAACAUUUUGCCCAUAUCGGUAUAUUCGGUGUCAAAUAAAUUAAUAGAUAAAAGUUGGUUUUGGAUGUGUGUCAGUAGGCUAUGGGCUCAUGUCCCUUUAAGACGCUGUCCUACAUUGAAGACGUGACUCCACCCCAUCCAGUCCAUGACAAAGAGGGAAAGACAGGUGAGGAGAUGGAGGACGGGUCAAAAGUUGUAGAGGCUGGAGCAACGGCUGAAUUAGACGAAGUUAAAGUGGGGGGGGCAUCUUGUGGAGUAGUUAUCGUCCAUUUAUUGUUAACAAGGUGAACUGCUCAAUAUAUCAUGAUAUUGAUUUGAGGCCAUAUCGUCCAGCCCUACCUGAAGGUGCAGAGCUGUAAAAGUGAUGGGUUCUCAAUGUUAGAGCGAUGUUAGCUUUCAUAACUUGUUGAUGCCUUUGCCCUGUGAUGUAGGUCAACAAGGAGAUAGAUAGCUCAGUAACAAUCCAAAAGCUGCAUCCAUCAUAGCAGAGGUAGACAUACUUUCGGCAAUAAUUUGAUUCUUACCUGGUGCUCGUUAACUGGGACAAGGUCGUUCAUCCAGUUAGAUCGCCUUCCUGAGGCAUACAAUGUCCUGCUCACGAAUGAAGGCAUCACUGUUGGAGGUAUGAAGGCUUCACCUUUACGUAUACAGCAUUUCCUGACUAGUUGACUGUUACAUGGUAAUCGAUGGUAAACCCGUUAAUGUAAAUAUUCAGCCCGUUCUAAUCUUCCUAGAUUCGACCAGAAAUAGUAGAUCAAACAUCUAAAAGCAAGCAUUUGAAAGGAUUUUGCCCAUCCCAUCUUUUAAAAAUCUGCAGCCUGUUGCAGUUAUGUCAACAUCCUUCCAGCCUUUUCGUUGUCAUUGUUUAACCCCCAUAAAACUUGUUUAUUUUGGCUCCAAAGCAGUGAAGUGAAACAGAUUUCAGCACUCUUUAGUGUGAGACUCAGUGGAAAUGGACAGGAGCGCCACAGCUGAAAGAGGAUGGCUCUAUUUGGGUAUUCAUCAGGAAAACCCAGGUACUGAUCCUGGAGUUUGGUUUUUAUCAGCAGGUUGUGUGUCACCAAUGGAAAAAAAGAUCCAGUCGAAAAUUUGAACCUAGCUUUAGUUUACUGAUUUCUAAUGAUUCCAGAUGUUGUUUUCAAACCAGCUGAUUGAUGGUUCAGGAUGAACAGAGUCAUGGAUUUACAAAUGGAUAAUGUUGCCCACAACAAACCAGUAGAAGGAAAAACAGCACAAACUGGCCCUUUAAAGUAGACAAACACCUGCUGAAUGUGCAAAGCAAAGAUUUGUCGCUGACUGAAAACAACAGCACACUGAGAGCCUGCUGUCCUGAGUCCUGCCUUUUCACACCAUUCAUCAUGGCUGAAUCUGAGUUUUGUGACAGAAGCAGCUGCUACAAUGGCCCUGCAGUCAGAAAUACAACAAUUGUUUGAUAGGAAUCACCAUGAACAAUAUGAAAAAUUCCCCACAGCUUUGUUUUGUCUCUGCUGUCGAACAAUCAGCCUUUUAAAUAAUUUUAUAUCUUUUAUAUCUGCUCUCUUUCAGCUGCACUUCAACAACGAGUGUAAGUUCAGAGAGAAGCUCCUCGCCAACAACUACAACGCCUAUGAGUCGGCCACAUACCCGAGGAUGUUCAUCGGCCUGAGUAAGAACGGCAAAACAAAAAGAGGAAACCGAGUGUCCCCGGCAAUGACGGUGACACAUUUCUUACCCAGAAUCUGAGGCAUCAUAAACAGACUUCACCUCAAAGUGGAGAAAGAGGGGGGCUCCAAACCAUGAUGCACUUUCACCCCAAGCUUUAUGCAAGUGUAUCAUACAUGAUCUUAUACUUUGAAUUUAUAUUUCGUAUUUAUGUUUAACAACAUUUUUGUAUUUUUCUAGGAAGGCCUGUUUUUUUUCUGAGCAUAAGGGGGGG